UGCUCACCCCAUAGAUCUACGAACAUCAGAAGCCGAAAGAGAAAUGCCAUACGUUAACAGUGAUCUAUUAUGGUGUCCUGAUACAGAUGGCAAGAUGGUGGACCUUUCCUGUCUCGACAGUGGGCCUAAUGUCAUUGUCCAGCAGCAGCACGAUGUCCUACAAGAACUAUCACAUAUGGACUUUCACGGUCUGGUUCCGGAACUGGCUGAAGGAGAAGAAAUGAUUACACAGUUUUCAGAUCCACAUUUUGAACUAGAUGGUAUUUUCGCUGAUAUUGAAACGAAAGUAGAAAGCAGUGGCAUCCUCACCCAACUGUUGACGUCUCAGCCACAUUUAGAGGAGUUACAAACAUCCAUUUCCUUAAGGAAGAGGAAAAACAGUGAAGAAUAUGACACAAGUUGUAAUCAAGCUGUUGGCAACAUUCUUCCUGUUCCAAAAUCACCUUGUUUUGUAACUCAGAACUCACCACCUGUAUCCGUUGAAGGGUUUGAAGUUGCUCAUUAUCCAACAGAGAUCUCCACCAUCACGAUUCCGUCUAUAAGCAGUAGCUCCUCUGCUCUAGGAACCGCAUCCAGUUUAGUUACCACAAUUCCAAAUCCUGAAUUUACGGUCUCGCGUGAUAGCUUACAUCCCCUCUUAACGGAAGCACUGGAAAGACCAGGACCUUCUAAUUGGAAAUUACCACAAGGACCUUCAUCUUUAUUGGCAGCUGCCCUACAAUACUCAGGAUUACCGUACACCACACUCUCGUUCUCAGCCUCUUCCAGUACUUCAACCUCUUCGCUGGUUCCCAGCGUAAGGGAUACAAUAUCUUCCUCCACAACAUCCACAUCUCCGCUAAUCAGUUCUCACCUUCACCCCCCAGACACCACGAUGAGCUGUGGAAUAGGGUCCCUUUCUCCGAUUGGAGCAACUGGCGUAAAUGGAUCCUGUGGCGAUACACAAUCCGACUUCAGAGGUAGUGAAAUGACCAGUGGUACUCUUCUCUUGAAAAGAUCCUCAGGUCACGACAGUAAAGCCACAACAUUACUUCAGAAUAUUCUCCAACAACCUCCUCAGAGCUUACCAUACUCUCUGACUCAACAUCCAGCUCUCUCCUGCAACAGUACUACAGGAUCUUUACCUCCAAGUCCAGCGGACAGUGGCGUGUCAGACGUGGACAGCAGCAGUGGACCUCUGAGUAACGAUGAGUCAAAACCAAGAUACCAUACCACCUCAGCACCGUCUCGAACCUCAGACUCCCCGACAUCUGGAGGCCAGCCUUAUUUUCAGUCUCAAUCCCAGGUGGCGUUGUCGUCUCAUCGUUCCAGCCAGCUGUGUUCGCAAAGGCCAU